GGCCUUGCUGUCUAUCGAUUGAAUCCCCCCAUGGUCUCCAGCCUUCACCAGCUGACGGAUCGAUUCGGCCUUCUGGCUCUGCAGUGCGCAAAAGUCAAGGUCUCUAAGGCGCUCUACGCGGUAAAAAACCGCUUCAAGUUGAAACCCGGUGAUUUCAAACGCAUCUGUGUCAUAGAACCGCUCUCUCAGCAACUGGUUCUUGAUGCUCUUGUCCUUAUUCUCAGCAGCAAUAUUCAACCACCAUCGGAUACACAAAAGCUGAAAAACCUCAUAGGGAAACUGGAGGCCGCCGUGAACGCCGACGACCCUAAACCCUCUGUUGAACUCAACGAGACCGAGGCCUCCUUCCUGGAGCACAUACUUACUCUUGGUCUGGACUACAACUUCCCCAGCGAACUGGCGCGCCAUUCAACGAGUAUUGACAGUGUGAAUGCCCCUGUUGUGGCCCAAGAAGGCAGGACUGAAAAUGUCUCCGAACCAGACGUCGUUUCAACGUCUAAUAAGCCUGUCACCUCCGCACAGAUAGACAACUUCUUUGAAUCGGUGCCAAUGGUUAUGGACCAAGGGAAAACUGACGCAUUUCUGGCUGACCCCUUUGGGGAUCCUUUUGCACAGUCGACGUCUUUGAAACGCAUGCCGGAAGAGAAUACUAACUACAAUGACGAUACGGUGGAAAGCCUAAUUCAUCCAGUGCAUGUGGAGGCAACCGGUCGUGCACCACCAGCUUCUUCCAUUUCACAGGGGCCAGAAGCCCAAACAACCCUUACUGCCUCCUCCCGACAGACUGAGGAGAACAGUUUUAUUUUCCGGCUGCUCAAUCACGCUCUAAUGGUGCAAUGCGCACUGGAAGUACUCCAGCGCAAAUCGAUGCAACCCUUUUCCUACAAACUGGCACCUUUUCAGAUCCUCCAGUUGUGUGAUAGUGUAAGAAAACUCUCCUCCAUCACUCCGAACGCAGAUGACUCGAAGCUCAUAAAGAACCUCUCAAUUAAUACCGAUCUGCAUUCAGCCGUGAGACUCAAUAUGAAGACUAUGCAGCGUCUACGGGAGUUCCACACUCGCGUCUUCAAGCCUGUAGUGCAAGACAGCAUGAACAGAAUGGGGCUUAUUCAGGAGUCCAUGAAUUCCGCCAACUGGGAGAACAAUCUGUCUCCGGAGGACGCCUUCAGUCUGGCGGAGAUAUGCGGUGCAACACGUUUUAACUACCUUGACUCUCUGUCCGUCUUUUUCCUGCAUCAAAUCCAAUCCAGAAGCAUGACUACUUCAGACAGCUUACUGCCUCUAACUCCAAAUGAGUUGACCUUGCUAAAGGAGGAAGCACAGCAAGCUUAUGCACAACUGCAUCAACUGGAAGAGAACCCAAACCUGGCUGCUGUUCCGAAUGAUCUCAGUCUUGAGCUGCUGAAUCUUUACAAGUUGCGUGCUCUCGCCCAGUCACCAGAGAUCGUCUCGGAGCAGAUUCAAAAGAGGCUACUAUGGCGACACGCGCUUUCCCAAUUCUUCCUUUUCCAUCCAGAGAAAGGUCUCAAGAAGAUAUUUUCCGAAGUAGCCCUGAACGUUUUUGUAUAUGAGAGUGAGACAUGGGAGGGAGAACUGAAGUCAAACUUCAUCGCGGAAGUGGACAAACUAAUUGAGAGCACGGAACGCAAACUGCUUAUGCGACCUGAGGACUUGAACGCAUGGCUGCUGAGCAAAAAGAAUGAUGCCGGCACUACCAGUGGCCUCGCAAAUAUCCUACAGGCCUCCCUUGUCAGCUUUCUGUUGAAGAAUCGAGAACCGAAAGUUGAUGUUGGCAUUGCUACAAAUUUUAUUGCCAAACUUGUUAGGUCUCAGAACGCGGGCAGUGGAAUGAGGUUGUCAGUGGAGGAGGUGGACCUCGUUAGAACAUUCAUGUCCAAGCAAAGUGAAACCCUGCCUACAUACGUUCUCGACAAGUUGGCAGAAGUAGAAUGGAGUAGAGAGCGUGCUGACCUCGAACGUGCCUGCGAACAGGACCUUCUCGCCACUGAACCUGCCCCUCUUGUAAAAGUCGCGCACUUCCAGGCCGGUAUUGUUCAGGCUUCUGCACGGACCCAUCUUUUGCAGAUCCUCUUGAUUGAGACGAUCUCGAAUGGUCUUGCUCGAAAUCUCUUCCCCAUCGAUCAGUCCCUUUUCCAAACUUUAAUUUACCCCACUGGGGAGACUUGGGAACUCACCCGAGGAAGCACUGUGCUGGAUGGCCAACUCGAAAUCACCAACCAGCCCAAAACUCUUCAAGAAGUUCGAGAUACCUUGAAGGACUUCUUCACGAAUGAGGAAAUGCUGAUUUCUCCUGAGUGUCUUUCGCGAGCCUCAACCUUUUACAAUGACCUGUCCACUAUACAACCUACCACCACUGCUAGUGAUGAUCUCAGUAGGCACCUUGAACGUCUUGCCUGUUUGCAAGAAGAUCAGAGGACUUCUGAGCCGCCUCUUAAGACAUUUACCAGCUCAGAUGAGGCCCUGCUCUUCUCCCUUCUGUCUCUCCGGACACUCGGUUCGACAGCAGCAGAACAUCGGUCCGACGUUGACAGUCUUAGUUAUUUGGUGUUUGCCCUUUCCAUAUGUCGUCAGCACCUGGGAGCUUCAGAACCGAUUUUUCCAGCUCUUGAGGCUCUGGAUAGAAGGACACGCACCAUCCUCUCAGGCUUUGUGCCGAGUAAACUAAACGAUACCGACCUGCAGACGAUAAGCCAAUUACAGCACCUACUUAUUGAACGAUUGACUCCACAACUAGUUCGAGCCGUCGCGGAAUGUCUGGACGAGAUUACUGUCAAUUCAACCAUCAAUAAAGACAGACUGCGCUUCCAUGUGCUUGCGGCCAUCCUUCUACCUACUGCAGACUUACGCGUCAAGCUGCUAGCGCUGGCUCUCUGUCAAAUACUGAUGGCAUCCUCCACCUCUGCUGCUGCUGCUGACCAGCCUGAUAGUUCAGCUGCAACUGAAGUCCUUUUAGGUUUGCAGGAUGGGCUCUCUAAUCCUAGACCCUGCACUGCAGGCCAGAGUCGUUUCCUGCUAGCUCUGCUUCCCAGCACUCAAGAGGAAAGAGCUGCGUGGAACUGGGAUCUGCCAGCAUUUUUUCAGACAAUCGCCGCCGCUCAUUCGCUGUCAGAUCUCAGUAUUGACCGCCUCACUUUAAAAGUCGUCUGGUUGUACCUCUUUGAAGGUCAGGGGGAAGUGCUGCCAGAAACUACGCUGUUGAGUGAACUGCUGGAUUCCCUACUUGAGCAUAACGCAAUCGCCUGUGCCAGCGAAAAUGCCAGUUCCUUCUUUGAGCAUCUUUUUAAUGCACCUCUUCUGAUCCCUGCCGAUAUUUUUCCCUCCGUGGUCGAGCUCACGCCGGCAAGUUUCGAGCACAUGCAUGACGUUGGUUCCACUCUUCCGUCCGACUCUCAUUUUCCCUGGCUACAAGCUCAUAUGCUUACGGAGGUGCUCUACUCCUACAUGCCACUGAAAACUCCACUCAACUUCACAGAACUUCUUCUUCUCUAUCACGCUCUGGCCAUCGUCUUACGAUCGGAGUAUCUGAGGGGACAGUCUGCUGUAAAGAUUGGCAUUGCUUACAGUUUGCAUCAAAUUGAGUGGGCCCUCUCAACCAACAGGCAUCUUCCUCCUACCGAUAUUUGUAUUUCCAAGACAUACCAUGAGGCUCGUGUUAAGGCUGCUCUCUUAGACGCCAGAAACGAGAAGGUUGAGGACUUGCGUUCCCUGGUUGCACCAACGAUUCUCUCCUCGGAGGAUGGUGGCCCAUUGGGAAGUCUGGACUUGCGUCAGGUGUCAGAAGGCUUACGAGCACUACUGAGCGGUCUAUUCCUCCUUCAUCCGUCGGAUGCGAAGUCAGCUUCAGACAUACUCCUAAAGGCCUCAUCCAGACCUUGCGCGCCAAAUACUGAAUCUAUUACGUCUGCCUUGUCACCGGCUGACAUUUCGAGGACGCACGCUCUUUUUGAGAACCUCUUUUCCUUGGAUAAAACAGGACCACUGCUUACCAGAGAUCUCGACCUCAACUUUGACGUUUUGCUGAAUUACGCUUUGCCACCGCAGGUACCCGUGGCUGCAGAGCUGGCCGCCAGCAUCCUCGCUUAUCUGUCUUCUAGGGAGGGCUUACACUCACCCGAGGAAUCCAAGCUUUUCUUCCACGCUGUGGUUCUGCUCUCUUAUGCCGCACGUGCCUCUACCUCCAGCGUUCCAUCUAGACUCCACCUCAUCAAGACGACCAUCCUGCAGAAGCAACAACAGCCGCUACUACAACAACAACAGCAACCGCAGCAACACAAUCUACCCUCUGAGUUAGAUCCAUCUGCCAUCUUUGCGGUUUCCGUGACCUCGGAUAUGUCCACUGAGACUGUAGUCUCCUCACCGACGGAGAGUUUCGUGUCAGUCUCUGUUGGUCACGAGGAACGCUUUUCUAAUCAGGUCUCUCCGAUGGAACUGACCUCCUAUGACUCAAGAACCAAUGACACGGAGGUCAAUGUGUUCUUCAGCAUGGACUCUUUGCCCAAGGACUCCGCCACCCCAAUUACCUCUUCUUCCUUCCUGGCCGACACGACUGACGAGGGCACUGUGAAAGCUUCCUCUGGUCACCAACACCAGAGACUCACAUUUGCAAGGCUUUUGGAUGGUACCGAAAAGGAUGCUAUCUGGCUCCUCCGAUUGGCUGAACUUUUUCACUGUGCUAGUAUUAUCCUGGCAAAUGGUAGCUUAAAUCAGGAUUCAUAUGACCGAUUCUGCUGGACUGUCCGAGCUUUGAAUAAAGGCGAUGAAGUGGAGGCUUUUCUGAAGGCUUUUCCUAACUGCAUACCUGAAGGAAAGGAGCUACCACUGAGAAGCUCACAAAUCAGCUUGAUGACCUGCCUGAAUUCGAACUGUCAAGAUAUUCUGAAAAAGGCAUUUCCAAUUGUUAUCGCCGAGCUCGCUCACAGCAGACCUUUGACGGUAACCCAGAAGAACAAGCUUUAUCCACUUAUCUUUGGAUAUUUCAGUUUGAAUUUACCGGUCAACAACGGUCUUUUGAAAGCAGCUACAGGUUUACUGGCAAUAAAACUAAACAAUACAAAGGGCCAACUCGUUUCUGAGGAGUUACAAGAUUUCGCGAAGACCCUGCUUGCUGUACCUACCCCUGAACAUCUUGCUGAUGAAGAGCUGGGUACCACGGCCAUCGCUCUUCAGGCCGCUUGGAAAGCGAGUGAGAAUCUCCCGCUGACACUUACUGAACAGAUCUGUCUCGCAUACAGCAAGCUGCUGCCGGACACGGUUCUACCUGAACUAAAUUAUGCCAUAUUUAACUCUGGACCUUGGCCUAUGAAACUGGACGCAAAACAACGGAGUCAUCUACAACGGAAGAGUAAUGCCUUGCGCGAAUCCCUAGCGGACACUUCUCUGGAUGUCCUUAACAGAAGAGGCCCUAAUGUCGAGAAUUUGUCCGCAUUACUCGUUUCUCCUGACCUCUUACAUUCCCGUGAAUCGCGAUUGCGGACUCCGAUAGAACCAUCUAGACCCCAAGCAGAUCCUCUUACCGCACGCCUAACUGACACACUGAUGGGGAACCCCAAGCCUAAACAGUCGCUCCGCGAUUGUGCCCUGGCCAUCUUUGCCCUCAUUGGUUCGAACACUCGAGACGCAUUUAUCGUCCUUUCCCCCGCAGAAGCUGUGCAAUUAGCUGAAGACAUUGAGGCUGUUGGAGAGGCUCUGGAAAAUGUGCCGCGGGAGGAGUUGGUGAGAGCUCGUACUCGGCUUUACUUGGUCACUGCUUGUUGCUAUGCGACUGCCGAUGAUGCGGUGUCGCCUUCUUCUUCUUCGUCUUUAAGCUUCGAGCUGCCGUUGACUUAUCUGUGCCUUCAAUCUCUACUCUCCCGUCUUUCCAGCUCCCCCUUAGUACAAAGAGGGCCACUGACCGAGUCUAUUCCAUUCUCUCCCUACUCUACCACCUCCCAGACCCUCCAGCCUUCCGAGGAUUUCACUGAUCUAAACAGUGAUCUGAAGCCACAAAGCAAACCUUUGCCCGUCAAUGAUGAAAUUACCUACCUGAUUCAGCAUCCACCACAAGAUUUGCAGAGGUCAGUCUCGAAGGAGGAUACUCCAAGCAAAACUACGCCAGGCGCUCCGUCUGUUCGUACGGAAAACGUCGACGCCUGUUCAGUUCCCAGUCCCUCGGCAUGCAUCACUUUGCCUGGAAGGGGCGCGGUCGGCAGGGCAGCUCUAGCACCGGCGUAG